CCCCCGGCGGCCGGAGAUGGUAUGUCCCGCCCCCCCAGCGGCCGGAGAUGGUACGUCCCGCCCAGUGAGAGCACCAAGAUGGCGGCGGUUGUCUGUGCCCUGCACGCGGCCGCCCUGGCAUGGUAUGUGUUCGGUCUCUGGCAGAAUGUGCAGGUUACCGGCUCCACCCUGGGACACGGGGCUCACACGUAUGGGGGGCGAUGGAAAUACCUGACCUUCAUCAACCAGGUGAGAGCAGGACCCCCUGUGACAUCACCAGAGUGACCUCACCCUGACCCCUGUGACAUCACCAGAGUGACCUCACCCUGACCCCUGUGACAUCACCAGAGUGACCUCACCCUGACCCCUGUGACAUCACCAGAGUGACCUCACCCUGACCCCUGUGACAUCACCAGAGUAACCUCACCCUGACCCCUGUGACAUCACCAGAGUGACCUCACCCUGACCCCUGUGACAUCACCGGGUGACCUCACCCUGACCCCUGGGACAUCCGUCAGAGUGACCUCACCCUGACCCCUGUGACAUCACCAGAGUGACCUCACCCUGACCCCUGUGACAUCACCAGAGUGACCUCACCCUGACCCCUGUGACAUCCGUCAGAGUGACCUCACCCUGACCCCUGUGACAUCCGUCAGAGUGACCUCACCCUGACCCCUGUGACAUCCGCCAGAGUGACAUCACCCUGACCCCUGUGACAUCCGCCAGAGUGACAUCACCCUGACCCCUGUGACAUCACCAGAGUGACAUCACCGGUUUUAUUCAGGGCCAUACAAGGCCUUUUAUGCAAAAGCCCCUACAUUAGGAUCCCAUACAAAUAUACAGGGUAAUCCUUCCUAUGAUCCUCUGUGCCUGAGAAAUAAUUACCGGCACAGAGGAUCAUGGGAAGGAUUACCCUAUAUAUUUGUAUAGGAUCCUUGUGUGGCCCUGAAUAAAUUAUGUCUGACAUAAAACAAUCAUGUACCCCUUGUGAGCGCAUAACAUAUCCGAAAAGCGGUCAGAUCCCAUGAACACAGCCGAAACGCCACCGGGGUAAAGUUUUAACCGACCGCACAUUUGGCUUCUGCCCAAAAUAGUUCCAUAGAAUCUGGGGUAGUGGUCGGUCUCUUUCGGGAGCAUGAAAACGCAGAAAAUACAAAAUGGAUGCUUUCACCCUUAUUCUGAUUGUGUGCCCCUCAUUUAGGGGAAUGAUUCCACCGAACAGUGUUAUUCUCAGAUGUAUAGAAACUAAUACAGGCGGAGAUGGAAGUUCAGCGGUGUUCGCGAGGUCGAGUGUCCAUUUUUAGUUCCAUAAACUCGACGACCAAACACAACUGUCUGCAUUCGCGGAAACAAGAUGGCCGCCACCACGUGUUCGAACGUACGAACGACGCCACCCAGCCGACCGUUUAGAACACUGAGGUGUGAACCACUAUUAAAGUGUGAACAGGGGUGAUGGAGGUUAACAAUGUUCUGUAUUUUUCGUGGUUUUGUUCGGUUGUUGAACAAAACAGCGGUAUUAAAUUAGAUGAGCAAGGUUUUACCGAACAAACCAGGGAAUCGUAAGGGAACAUAGGUCAAUUCCGCCACAAUCCUGACCCCUGUGACAUCAUCACACUGACAUGCAUUGACCCCCGUGACAUCACCUUCACCCCUGUGACUUAAUCAUAGUGAUGUCUUCCUGGCCGCAAUGACUUCCUCACAGUGACUUCUUCCUGGCCCCAGUGACUUCCUCACAGUGACGUUUUCCUGGCCCCAGUGACUUCCUCACAGUGACGUUUUCCUGGCCCCAGUGACUUCCUCACAGUGACGUUUUCCUGGCCCCAGUGACUUCCUCACAGUGACGUUUUCCUGGCCCCAGUGACUUCCUCACAGUGACGUUUUCCUGGCCCCAGUGACUUCCUCACAGUGACGUUUUCCUGGCCCCAGUGACUUCCUCACAGUGACGUCUUCCUGGCCCCAGUGACUUCCUCACAGUGACGUUUUCCUGGCCCCAGUGACUUCCUCACAGUGACGUUUUCCUGGCCCCAGUGACUUCCUCACAGUGACGUUUUCCUGGCCCCAGUGACUUCCUCACAGUGACGUUUUCCUGGCCCCAGUGACUUCCUCACAGUGACGUCUUCCUGGCCCCAGUGACUUCCUCACAGUUACGUUUUCCUGGCCCCAGUGACUUCCUCACAGUUACGUUUUCCUGGCCCCAGUGACUUCCUCGCAGUGACGUUUUCCUGGCCCCAGUGACUUCCUCGCAGUGACGUUUUCCUGGCCCCAGUGACUUCCUCGCAGUGACAUUUUCCUGGCCCCAGUGACUUCCUCGCAGUGACGUUUUCCUGGCCCCAGUGACUUCCUCACAGUGACUGCUUCCUGGCCCCAGUGAUUUCCUCACAGUGACUGCUUCUUGGCCCCAGUGAAGUCAUCCUGACUCCUGUGACAUCAUCACACUGACAUGCAUUGACCCCAGUGAAGACAUCAGCCUGACGCCAGUGACAAUACAUUAGCCAAGCAAUGACACCGGUGACAUCAUCCUGAGCACAAUCACAUUGACCUUUUCUAACCCCCUGACCCUAGUCAAAUUGAAAAUUCUAGUGCUGAAGAUUGCUAUGAAGUUAAGCCACACCAAACAGUGAAAUUCAAGGAGCAGCUACACACCAGGGUGCAGGGACAAUGUAAGGAUUUUUGGCUAUUAACAGAGCACGAGUUAAGAAAUUCUAAAUUAAAUAGACUGUGCAGUAAAGGAAGGGUAAAUCUUAGAUCUGUUUACAGGAAGUGUUUAGGAAGGUUGUAAUUAGCAUGCAGGGAGGUGUUACUAGGGCUACAUAAACAAUGUGACUUAACUACUAAAUGGCAGAGAAUUGAGCAGUGAGACUGCAGGAGCAUGAUCUAUACACAAAAACGGCGUCAUUAAAGGAUCACUCUAGUCUCAGGAAAACAAACUUGGUUUUCCUGACACUAUAGCAUCCUUAGGACACCCCCCACCCACCCUCAGGGUCCCCCUCCCUUGGCGCUGAAGCGGUUAAAGCCCCUUCUGCUACUUACCUUAAUCCAGCGCAGGGCUCCCUCGGCGCUGGUGACCUCCACCCCCACCCCCCCUGCCGACGUCAGCUCCCGUGUGGAGCAGAGCCGCACGCGCAUUCAAACAGUCCUUAGGAAAGCAUUUCUCAAUGCUUUCUUAUGGACGUUCUGCACGCUGGAUGCAAAUUUUGCAUCGAGCCUCACAGAAGCGCCUCUAGCAGGCGUCAGGAAGACAGCCAUUAGAGGUUGGAUUAGCCCUGCAAUGUAAACAUUCUCUGAAACUGCUAUGUUUACAUCUGAAGGGUUAAAACCUGGGUUGACUGAAGUGGUCUGGGUGACUGUUUCCCUUUAAGAUAAAGUUAUUCUGGUGCCUGCAGUAUCCCUUCAAGGAGUUGGCAUUUGAGGAGAUUUUGGCACAAUUCAGGUGCCAUCUUGUUUCUUCUCUGGCCGUGUCCGUCAAUUUACACUUUGAUCUUAUUUAUCUUUUGGCUGGAGCUCAUCUUAGGGGAGGUACUUUCCCUGUGUGUAGUAGUAUUAUUAUUAUUAUUAUUAUUAUUAAUGUUUUGAUAACCUAGCCAAAUCCAGAGGUUGGUGAAUUAGCCGUGUGGACGUCUCAGCAGUACACAACAUACCUCCCUAAGGUCACUGUGGGGUUUUCUGAAUUGAGUGCACUGUCCCAGAAGAUUUGGUUAUGCAACAGAAUUGAGUGUUAGGAUUUAUUUUGGAUAAGACAGGGGGGGCUGUUCUCAUUAAUCAGAGGUUAUGAAACCCAAAUCUCAGCCUCUCUGUUAUGUAACUAAGUUUCAAGAAUUCAGAUUAUGUACUGUGUCUGUUACACGUUUCAUUUUAAGAUCUAUAUUCUGUUGGCGCUCAGUGUACCGAGAUAUUACUCAAAUGUGCUGUGCUCUAUCACGUCUGAAAUCAAUUUACAAAUGAUCCGUGUUUUACACAUGCACUCAAUCUUUUCUGUGAACGACCCUGUCUUCCCUGAUAUAAAGCUUACUGUUUACAUUAAAGGGUCACUCCAAGCUGGAAUUGAACAAAUCCUUUUAUAUAUAUAAUAUAUAAAUACGUUAACAUAAUGCAAAAUAUACUAACUUUAAAAGGUCUGUGUGUGCCUUAUUUUGCUGCCAAUUCCAACACAUGACAUAAUCAGCCUGAAUCUUUGCCCACCUUUAGAAGGCAGCUUUAUUCUAGCCUAUGCAGUGUGUACAUGUAAUAAUCCCGGACUGCGACGAUUGACAGGUGCUAAGCUCUCUUGCACAGCUCCUGGUUUGUUUAGAACAGACGUUUCUGGGACAUGUUCAGUUAUCAGCUACUUUUUCAAACUGUUAGUUGAACUACAACUCCCAGAAGACUUCACUGAGCUCCCUGAUGAUGUAUAACUGGGCAUUGCAGGUGAGGAGGGAUGGGUCAGCAAGUGAGUUGUGACAUUGUGUACGCAGGUGCGGGAAAUGGCAAGAAGAGGGUAUUAACAUUGAAGGGAAGCACGAGGGCUACAAAACAAAAUAACUAUUGCAAACAGGGCAGUAGAAAAGGCACCUAACCAAUUUCUAUAAAACGCCCAAAGAUUUAGUUAGUGCUGCUACAGGUAUUUUUUUCUGUCACAUUUAGACCGGUGUACUGUCACCUUAAAAGUAUAGUAUAGUCACCCAGCCAACCUCAUUUCAUUGAACUCCUUGUCCUUUUAACCCUGCAAUGUAAAACAUUACUGUAAUUGUAAACCCUGCAAUGUAAAGACUACAGUUUAAGUCCUCCACUAGUGGCUGCCAGUAUGACGGACACUAGAGGUCCGUCUGUGCCACAUGACGUGGAAAGCCCAUAAGAAAGUAUUAAUGCACUGCUUUCCUAUGGGGAAACUUUAAAUGUGCGCUCGGCACUUGACACACACGUGCAUUAGGUUCCAAUUGCUUAUCACGUCUCCUCCGCUGCGUCACUAAAGGAGAGGUGAGCAGCUCUGGAAAAUGGUAAGUGAAUCCUCUAUUUUCUUAACUUUUAUUCCAAACGGAGUGUGUGACCUAUAGUAGUAGAGAGACAGACAUUAGAGAGUUAGGAAUACAUUUUGUAUUCCUAGUAACUAAAAGACCAGUACUUUUACCAUUAAUUACCUUCUACAGACAUGUGAAUGUCAUUUCUCUAAACCUGCCGUCUAAAUCUCCCAGUAAGGACAGCGAAGAAAAAAAUACAUCCAACACACAUCAUCCUCAGCCUUCAUCCACCUGAGUGUUGUUCCAUUUUUGCUAAACUUGCUCACUAUCGGUAUGCCUUGUUACAGGUGGAGUAUUAUAACCCAGGCUGCCUGUUUGAAUGUAGAACAAGCUUUGGCUAUAUUCUAUCUAGUAGAACGUGCUAAACACUAAAUUAUACUGUAGAUUCUUUGAAUCUGUGACAAACACGGUAGUUACUCAUCAUUGACCUGGUACCUCCACUAGUGAGUCUGCCAGAAUGGGAUUCCGCUGGUACAUUUGUAAUCUCAAUGACAGAUCGGAUCCUCAGCCAUAUGAAAAAUAUGAGCACCUGAUUGCGAUGGCUGAUGUUGUCUGGCUCUGGUGAUGAGAUACCCCAUUAUGGGAUUCCAGAUCCACUGAGCACAUUAUAAAUCACUAGAUAUUUCAGCACAUGUCACUAUUAAUCCAUCUCCACAUUUGUAAAGUUUGCACUAAACCUAGGAGUUUGGCAACAGCACUCAGGAGUGUUACAGAAGUUGGGAAUGAUGAAAACCAGACAUCUGACCAUGUUAGGAUAAUUAACGGAACCACAUCCUUCUACAAACCACAGCGUGAUGAAUAAACGUUUCACGAGAUGGGACCAGUCAUGCUUAAUAUUGCCCCCUUAAUCCUUUACCAGAGAGGCUCAUUUCUUUUCAAAUCAGCUACUUACUACACAUUGGCCCCCAUACUGUCUGCAAAAGAGAACAGCUAGUCAAGUACUGCCAAAGGAAGGUCCAGUAAUCCCAGUACUGCCGAUGGUGGAUCCAGUACUGUCAAAGAAGGUCCAGCUAUCCCAGUACUAAUCAAGAAAGAUCCACUUACCCCAGUACUAUCAAAGAAGGUCCAGCUACCCUAGUACUCACAAAGAAAGAUCCAGCUACCCCAGUACUGCCAAUCGUAGAUCAAGUUACCCCAGUACUGUCAAGGUCCAGCUACCCCAAUACUGCCAAAAGGAAGGUCCAGUUACCCCAGUAUGCCUCCAAAAAGGGCCAGCUACCACCGUACUGCCAAAGGAUUGUCCGUCUACCAUUGCAUAGGAGAUACACUAACCCAGCCACUUUAUUUAGCCUAUGUUUAGGAUUGUUGUGGCUUAGAAGACAAUUUGAGUUCUGUUUUGUGUUUGUCAGUGGGGACAGUGCAAAGGUUCCUCUGUAAUGGUACUAAUGUACUAAAGAUUUAAUGAGUGGGCAUUAUUGUACGAGACACUGUAGUGACUUCCAUCUCACUGAGUGCUUGUGUAAGACACUGCACAUUUUAUUUCUUACUAACCUUUCACAACAUAUUCUUCCAUUAGGUUCUCCAGACUAUCUUUUUUGGAGUGUGCGUUCUGGCUGAUCUUUGCCCGUUAUUUGUGUCCAGGAAGAAUGGAUUGGGUUCCUUCAUAGUGAAGCUCCGAGACAUGAUCUUCUCUGUGCUUGCUUUCCCAGUUGGAGUUGUAGGUAUUCAGAAACUCAAGACUGUGACGUUCUGUUUUUAUAAAUGUUAUAGACCGUUCAUGUGCCUUUUAGACAAUCUGUGUGCCAGUUAGCCCAUGUGAUUCUUAUAGUCAGUUUGUGUAUAUUAGACAGUCUGUGUGUGUCAGUCUGUGGGUAUAUUACAAACAGUCUGUGUGCCGUUUCAGUUUGUUGUGACCUCGUUCUGGAGUAUUUAUGCGUACGACCGGGAGCUAGUCUACCCCGAGGUCUUAGACAGCUUUAUUCCACAAUGGCUUAAUCAUGCCAUGGUAAGUACUAACAGCCCGGAUCAAGUGAGUUAGUCUGACUAUAAUCCCUAUACAUACAUAAUACAUAACUGUAAACACCCAUUAUCUGUACGUGUCUGUUAUAUCCAAUAUCUGUGCACACUCCUUACCUGUACGUGUCUGCUUUAUCCAAUAUCUGUGCACACUCCUUACCUGUACGUGUCUGUUUAUAUCCAAUAUCUGUGCACACGCCUUACCUGUACGUGUCUGCUCUACCAAUAUCUGUGCACACUCCUUACCUGUAUGUGUCUGUUAUAUAAUAUCUGUGUACACUCCCUACCUGUACGUGUCUGCUUUAUCCAAUAUCUGUGCACACUCUUUACCUGUACGUGUUUGCUAUAUCCAAUAUCUGUGUCCACUCCUUACCUGUACGUGUCUGUUUAUAUCCAAUAUCUGUGCACUCUCUUUACCUGUGUCUGCUAUAUCCAAUAUCUGUGCACACUCUUUACCUGUACGUGUUUGCUAUAUCCAAUAUCUGUGUCCACUCCUUACCUGUACGUGUCUGUUUAUAUCCAAUAUCUGUGCACUCUCUUUACCUGUGUCUGCUAUAUCCAAUAUCUGUGCACACUCUUUACCUGUACGUGUUUGCUAUAUCCAAUAUCUGUGUCCACUCCUUACCUGUACGUGUCUGUUUAUAUCCAAUAUCUGUGCACUCUCUUUACCUGUGUCUGCUAUAUCCAAUAUCUGUGCACACUCUUUACCUGUACGUGUUUGCUAUAUCCAAUAUCUGUGUCCACUCCUUACCUGUACGUGUCUGUUUAUAUCCAAUAUCUGUGCACUCUCUUUACCUGUGUCUGCUAUAUCCAAUAUCUGUGCACACUCCUUAUCUGUGUCUGCUAUAUCCAAUAUCUGUGCACACUCUUUACCUGUAUGUGUUUGCUAUAUCCAAUAUCUGUGCACACCCCUUACCUGUACGUGUCUGCUUUAUCCAGUAUCUGUGCACACGCCUUACCUGUACGUGUCUGCUCUACCAAUAUCUGUGCACACGCCUUACCUGUACCACCCAUUUUCUGUCUGCACUCUUACCAGUAUUCUGCUCUGUCUGCUAUCCCCACAUGUUCCUUACCUGUAUGUGUCAUGCCCACCCAUUAUCUGUGCACAUUCUCUUAGCUGUUUGUAUAUCCUGCUAUAGAGGACUUUUCCUUUCUGUUUACUAAAUCUUACUGUCAGAUGAUUGUUGCGCGGGGUCAUUAGCUGGAAAGUAAGGAGGGUUUAAAGAGAGACCUGUUGGAGUCCCACCUAGUGAAUAUAUUCCUACCUUGUCUCUUCCAGCACACCUAUGUCCUUCCUCUGCUUCUCAUUGAGCUGUUUGCUUGCUCCCACCAAUAUCCCAACAAGAAGAAUGCGCUUCUGGUCCUGGGCAUCUUCUGUUUGGCCUACGUAUCCUGGUGAGACGCUGUUACAAUUAAUUAACCAUGUUGAAAUAUUGGGUGAAAAGCAACGCGUUUGGCAGUUUGUUUCUGUGCUUUCCUGGCUGUUUAACGAAUUCCUUGAAUCUGUCUGUUAAACCCUCUUCCUCCACACAUUGGGUGGGUUACUAUGAAUGUACAAAAACUGGCCAUGUACCUCAGGGGAAGUAGCCUACAGCUACCGUUUUCUCCUCUCUAGGAUGCCCUGGUAGCCCCAAUUAGCAUAUUACCUAGAAAUGUGCAAACUGUGUGUAUAAAUGUAAAUAACGUAAUAACAUAUUUUUUAGUGUGGAUCCGGCAUGUCACUGCAUUCAGAUCCCUGUUAAUUGCCGUAGGGGGGCACGUGACUCUGAGCUGUACGAGUGGGCUGCCAAUGGCUGGAUUACAGUAACCUUUGCUUUGUCUCCUCCAGGCUUUUGUGGGUGCAUCAGGCUUCUGGGAUCUGGGCGUACCCCAUCUUGGAGAAACUGGAUGCUGUAGGCAAGAGCCUGUUCUUUGCCACAUCCUUUCUCAUCAUCAUUCCUUUUUAUCAGCUGGGCGAGUCUCUAACACGGCUGCAGUGGGGUGAGUUAUAAAACUACAGAUUAAUAUCACAGAGCUGCCAUUGUACUGUCUGCCCCCAGGCACAGAUCAGCUCUGUGUUAUCUGUGAAUAAUUACAGCUUCAUCAUGUGCCCUUCUAGUGGGGCAUGUCUGCACUAAACAAGGGAAGACGCAAGGCCAGUUCUGGGUAUCAUUCCGACAUUUAUCACUUUAUCUCCAUCUCAUAACAUGUUUUCAUUACAGGUGGCAGAAAAUCUACAAAGAAGAAGGUGAAAUAAAAAAAACUGAUUGAGGAUCGUGGACCAUUUACUCUCCCGAGAACUGGUGGUGGAGAAAAAUCAUCCGAUCUAGAAUUAUUUAGAAGUAAUUUUAAUAAUUGUGGGCUGAAUAUAUAGGUAUAUUGUUAUUUUGCGGCAGUUCCUGCCAGCCUGUGGGAUCAACAAAUGCAAUGAAGGGACGGUUUGGGCUUGACACAGACAUGUUUCUGUAGCUGCUUCCUCCACAGUAGAGGAUUCUGGGUAACAAUGAAGCAAAUGAGCGUGUGUUCAUGCAUCCUCUAGCUGUGAUGGAGGCAUCAUAUGUAUUUUAAAGUUUUACAAUGGGUAAAGGAUUCACUUUGAUUGUGCUUCAACCAGUGAUGCCUUGUGAUUGCUUUAUAAGGCAGGAUGUAGUUGUGACCAUAUUGUACUGAUCUACCUCAAAAUAAGUCCAGAAUCUGCACUAAGUCUGACCUCCCAGCUUACUUUCAGGGGGCAGAGCUCCCCACCCCCUCCUCCCAGCAUCCCUUUGCAAGGAACAAUUCUAAAGAUUUAUAUGUUAAUAGGAUAAUUAGUUGAAUGUUUUCUGUUGGGCUCAUACAGUGGUUUCCAGCUCAGACACUGUGAUUAUCUGUGGCGUUUAGUUAGACAAGGAAAAAUGAAUGAAUUUAAAGUUGUAUUCAGAAGUCUAAUGUAACCAGCGGCAGGCCUAAUGACAAAAAACGUUAUCCUUAAAGGCACACUCUGCAUAUGCUAGAUUUUCACCUCCGGUAUUUGCAGUAUUUUUAAUUUUUGCAUAAUAAAAAAAAAAAAAUGUUUUGCAGAAUGCGACACCAUAAGCUGGCCUCCUUAGCCACGUCCCCUCAUGCCAGAAAUCCUUUAUUUAUUUUUUCAGAUAUAUGUACACAGCUCAGCCCCUGACAGCGCUGAGUGAUCUGCUUUUAAUUCACAACCUGGCUGUCAGAGAAACUAAGAACAGGAAACUAUAAAAAGGUUACUAUUAAUUCACUAAAGGGAGAAUUCAAUGUGAAUUUAAAAGUCAAAACAGAUGAAUUAGGAAAAAUGUCAGAUAUUCUGGCUUUGAAUUCUUGUUUUAGUAAAUAACCCUGUAUUCCUCCCUCACAGUCCUCUCUCUCUCUCUCUAAUAAAGGCUGCUUUGCCGUUCAGAACACUCAGUGCUUUAAGUGGCUGAACUGUGUACAUACAUUUGAUAAGGAAGUCUUUUUUUGGAAUGGGGGGUGUGUGGCUCAGGAGGACGGCUUAUUGUUGCAGAAUUCUGCAAACAUUUCUCAUGUUGUGCACAAAAACCUAUAACGAUUUGAGCAAAACAAUUUUGCAUACUAAUAAGACAGAAACCAAAAAAAACGAUCAAAAUACAUUAAAGUUGGAUUGGUUUCUUUAACAUCCUCAACAAAUAAAUAGAUGUCCGCAGAGAAUGCGUUCUACUCAUUCCCCUUACUGGAAGAUUUAUUAUUAAUGCCGUCAAAUAUGAAAUGGCCAAUUAUUAAAUGAGUCUCCUUGUUUACAGCAAUUACACACAAAAUAAAUGGUGUAUUUUAUAAGAGUUUUAACACUCAUUGUUAAUGCUGGUAUAAGAUUAAAGUUAAUUGCACUGUUAAAUAAAUCUAUAAAUUAUAAGACAUUUAUUGAGCUGUGUGUUCCUCCCUUUAGUAAAAGCGUGUUGUGGUUAUUGCUCUCUAUUCACUAAAUUCUGGGUACACUCAGGAUCAGCAAAAUUUGAU